ACAAACAAGUUGCAAGCGUAUUUGGCUCAGAACUAGCUGCAAUUUUGCUCAAAGCGGCUGGCCAUGUCAUCGUGGACCCCAAGCUCAUGGAGAUCUUUGCCGAAGCACCAAAUGGCCGAGUGGGAGGACAAAGUGGCGGCAGAGAAGGUUUUGACCAAGCUUGGCAAACUUCCACCUUUGGUGCAGCCAAACGAGUGUGAUAGACUCAAGCGGCUGCUGGCAGAGUGUGGCCGUGGCGAGCGCUUCAUCGUGCAAGGCGGUGACUGCGCAGAACGCUUUAUGGAUUGCGAGGCAGGCCGUCUGGGACAGCAACUCAAGCUGAUACUGCAGAUGGGCAUGGUGAUCGAGCACAUCAGCGGAAAGAAAGCCCUGAAGGUUUGUCGCAUUGCGGGCCAGUAUGGAAAACCGCGGUCAAAGCCAACCGAGAUCGGCGAAGAUGGGAAAGAGAUCAUGAGUUUCAAGGGCGACAAUAUCAAUGGGUUUGACACUAAAGAUCGAAAAUGGGACCCAGAGCGACUCCUCUUGGGCUAUUGGCACUCCGCAGCGACGCUGAAUUUCUUGCGUUCCUACGCCGGCAGCGGAGACCACUCUCCGUUGCAAAGCAUCGAGGUAUCAGAUCUAAAAUCAUCAGAACACUAUGGCACUUAUUCAGAGGAUGCCCAGGCGAUUUUGGGCAAACCCUUGACAUCAGAGUCGCUGGAAGCCUGGUGGCUACGUUGUAGUCUCAUGUGCCGUCUCUUUUUUUCAAUGAUGUAA